ACGCCAAUGACGACAACGAUUAGAGGAGUUGUCUGUACCCAACUGCCAACAGUGAGUGCUCUAUAAAGUCAUAAUGGCUUUUGGGCUGUAUUCACUUAUAGAGGCAGUGAUUUUAUGCCUUAACGCUGUCUGUGUUCUUCACGAAGAACGGUUUUUAUCAAAAAUUGGCUGGGGUACAGAUCAAAGGGGUUUUGGUGAGCAGCCAGGAAUAAAAACACAGAUUAUGAACCUAGUCAGAUCCAUCAGAACAGUUAUGAGAAUUCCAUUAAUAGGCAUCAACGUUGUAGUCAUUCUCUUCAUGUUGGUUAUGGGAUGACGGACUGAGAACUCGUCCAAUACAUUUUUAUAAGUAACUGGUAAAUGGGCAACAGGUGUGUACUGUGCAAUAACAGAAUCAGAAAAUGUAUUAUUUGUACAAAUAUGCUAGUGAUUAAUAAUCUUUGGAAAUAAACUUUACCCAACAUCGAAUCUCUGCAUCAUAGAAACACCUGGGCCAUCAUCACUACUGCAAGAGGUUUCCUUUUCAACAGCUGUGCUGAGGAUUGGCAUGAUUGAACUUGAAUCAUGUGCUUUAAAGAUACUGUGAUAUGUAAUUUGAAAAAUGUUUUGAUUUGUGUGAGUCCAUUACAUUUGUGAUGCAUUAGAUUACAUAUGAUAGAUACAUAGGCAUUUUAUUCAUGCAUGGUAAAAUAUUAAUCUUAUAAACUCAUUUAUUGAUUUUGCUUCUGUAAGCGACAUUAUUGAAUACAUGUGCAAGAUAG